GCAGCUGGGCACAGGAUGGUCGCCCCGAGCAGCCAGCCGACAGCAGAGCUGGAGCUCCCGGGAGCAGGGAUGCACCCGCCUGCCGCAGAGAUGGACAGGGAGGUCGGUGGCCGGCAGACUGGGCGGGCGAGGCAGGAGGGCCACAUCUGGGGCUCCAUGCGGAGGACGGCGUUCAUCUUGGGCUCCGGCCUGCUCCUGUCUGUGGCCUUCUGGAACUCGCUGACAUGGCAUCUUCAGAGGUUCUGGGGGGCUUCGGGCCACUUCUGGCAGACCCAGUGGGAGGCGCUGCUGUCUACGUUCGAGGGGAAGGAAUGGGUGUUGUACUUCAUUGGUGCCACCCAGGUGCCCGGCCUGCUCUUCUGGGCCUUCAAUGGGCUGCUCCUGGUGGCCGACACCACUGGGAAGCCACACUUCAUCACGCGUUACCGGAUCCAGCUUGGCAAGAAUGAGCCUGUGGACCCGGCGCGGCUGCGCCAGGCCGUGCGCACGGUGCUCUUCAACCAGUACUUCAUCUCGCUGCCCAUGCUCCUGCUGCUGUACCCCGUGCUGCGGCGCUGGGCGGACCCCUGCCGCCGCCAGCUGCCCACCUUCCAGUGGUUCCUGCUGGAGCUGGCCGUCUUCACCCUCCUGGAGGAGGCCCUGUUCUACUACUCACACCGGCUCCUCCACCACCCGGCGCUCUACAAGAAGAUCCACAAGAAACACCACGAGUGGACGGCUCCCAUCGGCGUGGUGGCGCUCUAUGCCCACCCCAUCGAGCAUGUGGCCUCCAACAUGCUGCCGGCCGUGGUGGGGCCCGUGGUGCUGGGCUCGCACCUGUCAUCCAUCACGGUCUGGUUCUCCCUGGCCCUCAUCGUCACCACCAUCUCCCACUGCGGCUACCACCUGCCCCUGCUGCCGUCCCCGGAGUUCCAUGACUACCACCACCUCAAGUUCAACCAGUGCUACGGGGUGCUGGGGGCGCUGGACCACCUGCACGGCACCGACACCCUGUUCAAGCAGAGCAAGGCCUACGAGCGACACGUGGUGCUCCUGGGCCUCACCCCGCUGUCCCAGAGCAUCCCCGACCCCCCGAAGAAGGCACACUGAGACCCUGCCUGCCCUGGGCGCAACAGACCCCCCAACCCACCCCGAACCAGGCUGAGGAGAGCCCGGAGACCGGCUGACACCCCCGACGCCCAGGAGUUCGCCCAGUGCCAGGCCAUCAUGUCCUCCUGGCCCCAACUGCUCCUGCAGGUGGCCCCUCCUAGUGCCCACAGAUGCCUGAACCACACACCCACACAGACACACACACUCACACUCGGACCCAUAAGCAAGCCUGUGGCGUCCACAUGGAUGGCCCAGGGGCCCCUGCAGCCAGUGAAUGCCCAGACAUCAGGGCCCCUGCGACCGUGAGAGGUCCAUCGCCGCUCUGGGCACAUCUCACAGUCACCUUCCUGCCUCUGCAGCAGGACCGGCAGCUGGAAGCUCCCCUCAAUGAGCACCGGGCCAAGGAGGCACCAAGACACCCUGAUAAGAUCCCACCCCCGCGAGCGGGCCAUCAACCGCCGUGGUCACCAGAGCAGGCAGGGUGCAGCCGACACAAGCGCUGAUCAACAGCAGCCCAUGUAACCCCAGGUUCAGACUGUAGGCGCCAUGGAAGCCACCUGACCAAUAAAAGGUGUUCUCACUGGGCUGCCGGCGUCUCUCUCAGCCCCCAGGGG